CCUGUUGAUUGUACAUCAGAUAAUAUUUUCAAUGAAAAGCCAGAAACGAUUUGAGUGUAAAGGAUCAGAAGACACAGUGACCUUGAAAUCCAAGGUCAAGGUCAUAGGAACUGCACGUGAUUCAAAAACAACAUGUGAUUUUCCUAUUUGUGGGUUAAACUCAAACCUAGGACCACCAAAGUUGAUUAAAGCUGAAAAAGGGUGUUCAGAUAAUGUAGAAAGUUGUGUAACAAUUUUAUGUAAGACUCAUAAUCGCUUCCUAUUAGUUAAACGAAUGAUAAAGUCUGCUUGGAGACUUUACCCCGAAAUAAAAACCAUCGUGGUUGAUGAUGAAAAUAAGGGAGUUAAAACAAGUCUGCUUUGGCAGAAUUUCCUACUGAGUCACCACAAAAAAGUUUGCUACACUCAGCUUGAUGAUUGGACAGGGAUUGGUCUUGGUCGCAAUUAUGGAUUACAACUUAUCAAAACAAAAUAUUUUUUGAGCAUUGAUGAUGAUGUUAUAUUUCCGAAGCAAAAAACUCUUGAGAAACUGGUGUCAGUUAUGGAGAACACAGAUACAGCUGUAGCAGGAAGUAACACAGCGUCUGUAUUUAAAGUAAAAUUCAAUAGGGAAGCAAACCAAACUAUCCUAUCACACACCCUAAAAGCUGUGUAUGAGAAAAUACCUUGCUUCAAUAAUUGUUAUACCUUGGAUAUGGUAGGGAACGCAUUUCUAGCCAAAACCUCAGACAUAAUAGAUAUUAAUGGAUGGGAUGGCCAACAAAAACUCCAAGAAAAUGUUGAUUUUUUCAUCCGAUUAAAAUUAGCAGGAAAGAAAUAGCGGAAUCAAUUGGUGAAUGAUCUUGCGUUUUCAUACUAAAGUUUGUUUUUGAGUUUUUUCUUAUAGUUUUAUGUAUUUAAAGAUAUUUAAGAGACAGGGCCCUUUUUCUAAAGCCCUUUUUAGAAAAAUAAUUGAGAUUACACA